AUGUUUGAUGACUACACGAACGACUGGAUCACCCGAAAAGGGUGGGCCAGGCCUGGGGCGCAGCCAGGCUCCGGUGGGGGCGCAGGGAGCGAUCGGCCUCAUUACUACGGCAAGCGCGGAACCCCGCAGAAGUACGACCCCACCUUCAAGGGACCUAUUUACAACAGGGGCUGCACGGACGUCAUCUGCUGUGUCCUCCUCUUCCUGGCCAUCGUGGGCUAUGUGGCUGUGGGCCUUAUCGCCUGGACCCACGGGGACCCUCGGAAGGUGAUCUACCCCACGGACAGCCGAGGUGAAUUCUGCGGCCAGAAGGGCACCAAGAAUGCGAACAAGCCCUUCCUGUUCUAUUUCAACAUUGUGAAGUGUGCCAGCCCCCUGGUCCUGCUGGAAUUCCAGUGCCCCACCCCCCAGAUCUGCGUGGAGAAGUGUCCUGACCGCUAUCUCACCCUCCUCAACGCCUGGAACACUCCGGAGUUUUCAUAUUACAAGCACUUCUGUGUCCCUGACUUCCACAGUGAUAAAAAGAGUGUGGCUGAGGUGCUUCGGGAUGGCCAAUGUCCUGCUGUCCUCAUCCCCAGCAAACCCUUGGCCCAGCGAUGCUUCCCGGCCAUCCACGCCCACAAGGGGGUCAUCAUGGUGGGCAACGCGACGACCUAUGAGGACGGGCACGGCUCUCGGAAGAACAUCACGGAGCUGGUGGAGGAAAGGGUGCAGGCCAACGGCAUCCUGGAGGCCCGGCAGCUGGCCAUGCGGAUAUUUGAAGAUUAUACCGUGUCCUGGUACUGGAUUGUCAUAGGCCUGGUCAUCGCCAUGGUGCUCGGUCUCCUGUUCGUCAUCCUGCUCCGCUUCCUGGCCGGCGUCAUGGUCUGGGUGAUGAUCGUCAUGGUCAUUCUGGUGCUGGGCUACGGGAUAUUUCACUGUUACAUGGAGUACGCCCGCCUGCGUGGGGAGGCCGGCUCGGACAUCUCGCUGGUGGACCUAGGCUUCCAGACAGACUUCCGGGUGUACCUGCACUUACGCCAGACCUGGAUGGCUUUCAUGAUCAUUCUGAGCAUUGUUGAAGUCGUCAUCAUCCUGCUGCUCAUCUUUCUCCGGAAGAGAAUUCUCAUAGCCAUCGCGCUCAUCAAAGAAGCGAGCAGGGCCGUGGGCUACGUCAUGUGCUCCCUGCUGUAUCCGCUGGUCACCUUCUUUCUGCUGUGUCUCUGCAUCGCAUACUGGGCCAGCACUGCCGUCUUCCUGUCUACUUCCAACGAAGCCGUCUAUAAGAUUUUGGACGAUCCCUCCUGCCCGUUCACCGGCAAGACCUGCAAUCCUGAGACUUUCUUCAACUCCACCGAAUCCCGCUCCUGCCCCAAAGCCAGCUGCCAGUUUGCCUUCUAUGGCGGGGAGUCCGGCUACCACCGCGCGCUGCUGGGCCUGCAGAUCUUCAAUGUCUUCAUGUUCUUCUGGCUGGCCAACUUCGUGCUGGCGCUGGGGCAGGUCACACUGGCUGGGGCCUUUGCGUCCUACUACUGGGCCCUGCGCAAGCCAGACGACAUGCCCGCCUUCCCGCUCUUCUCUGCUUUUGGCCGAGCGCUCAGGUACCACACAGGCUCCUUGGCCUUCGGCUCCCUCAUUCUAGCCAUUGUGCAGGUUAUCCGGGUGAUACUCGAGUAUUUGGAUCAGCGCCUAAAAGCUGCGGAGAACAAAUUUGCCAAAUUUCUCAUGACCUGUCUCAAGUGUUGCUUCUGGUGCCUGGAGAAGUUCAUUAAGUUCCUCAACAGAAACGCUUACAUCAUGAUCGCCAUCUACGGCACCAACUUCUGCACUUCUGCCAGGAACGCUUUCUUCCUGCUCAUGAGGAACAUCAUCAGGGUGGCCGUCUUGGACAAAGUUACUGACUUCCUCUUCCUGUUGGGCAAACUCCUGAUUGUGGGUAGUGUGGGGAUCCUGGCUUUCUUCUUUUUCACCCACCGCAUCAGAAUCGUGCAAGACACAGCACCACCUCUCAACUAUUACUGGGUUCCUAUACUGACAGUCAUUGUCGGCUCCUACCUGAUUGCCCACGGUUUCUUCAGCGUCUAUGGCAUGUGUGUGGACACGCUGUUCCUCUGCUUCUGUGAGGAUCUUGAGCGGAAUGACGGCUCUCAGGAGCGACCCUACUUCAUGUCGCCCGAGCUGAGAGACAUCCUGUUAAAGGGGAGUGCGGAGGAGGGCGAGCGGGCGGAAGUCGAGUAGUGAGGGAAACUGGCGCGGGGCCGCGCGUCCCCUGGACGUUGGGUACAGUGGAGGAUCUGGAGCGAAACGAUGGCUCUGCUGAGAGGCCUUACUUCAUGUCUUCCACCCUCAAGAAACUCUUGAACAAGA